AUGGUUGAGUUGGGCGAUGCUGGUGUACGUGUCAUGCUCGUGAACGAGCGCCGCGUUCUCAAGGGAUCGGAGGCUGUGAACGCCUACUGUUCAGUACCAUGUCCAUUUUUCUACCCGGCGUCACCGACCGUGUCAUAUGCAGCUUACCCUGGUGCUCAACCAAGGAGUCCAGUCAUCACCAGAAGAUCUGAUUUUUCCUACGAAAACAUAUACACUGAAAGCGAAGACGAUGCGAAAGAAUCUCCACCAGCCGUGAAACAGCGACAACCUGAACCAGAACCUAGAACGAAAUCAAAAGACGAAAAGACUGAAGAAGAAGUCAGAAGUCCAUCUCCAACCAGGAGGAAGUCAUCCCCAAAUCCGGAGACUCCACCAACACCGAACAGUGCCACGAAUUCCCCAAAUAGGAGAUUUUUCACCUCAUUAUUCUCAAUCCCCGGCGCUGUGAUGGACACUCUACUUAGUGGAGAAAUCGUAUUAUAA